CAUCUUCUACACUCGGUGCAUAUCUCCAAAUUAGUAGCAAAUCCAAAACUCCAACAAUGGCGAUUUCUUUCGUAAUCGAUCCUUCCAUUGCUCCUUGCUUCUCCUUCUCCUCUCCAAGAACCAUACCUUUACGAAACCUCCAUUUCCAUGGCAGACCAAUAUCUCCAUUGAUUUCAAAACCCAAUCUACGAUUCCCAAUCUUCUCUGCUCACCAAACUAAUAGUGAAGAAGCGAAUUCAAAGCAACAAGCAGAUGUAAAUACCCUAAUUAGGUCUUAUAAACAAGCUCUCUUUAAUGGAGACGAAACCUCAGUUGCACAAAUCGAAACGAUGUUUUGCAAAAUCGAGAAAGAGAAGAACAAAAUGGAUCAGAAGGUUUUAUCAUUAUCAAUGAAGAUAGCUUCAGAGAAAGAGACCAAAAUCCGAUUACAAGCUGAUUUUGAUAAUACAAGGAAGAAGCUUGGUAAAGAUAGGCUUAGUACUGAGUCUAAUGCAAAAGUUCAGAUUAUGAAGAGUCUUUUACCAAUUAUUGAUAGUUUUGAAAGAGCUAAGCUACAGGUUAGAGUUGAUACGGAGAAGGAGAAGAAGAUCGAUACGAGUUAUCAAGGGAUUUAUAGGCAAUUUGUUGAGGUUUUGAGACAUCUUCGUCUUUCGGCUAUUGCAACUGUUGGCAAGCCCUUUGAUCCUUUGUUGCACGAGGCUAUAUCACGAGAAGAAUCUGAGGUGGUUAAAGCAGGGAUAAUAACCGAGGAGCUGAAGCGGGGAUUUGUUCUAGGAGAUCGUGUUCUGAGACCAGCAAAGGUUAAAGUCUCUUUAGGACCCGUCAAAAAGAAGACUCCUUCACCUGCUGAGGAGAUAACACCUUCUUCUUGAGUUCGAGGUUGGGUAAAAUUUUCAAUGUCUUGUGUUACAGUCCAUUUUUUAUUCACCUAUCAAAAGGGAUAACAAAAACGCAGCUGAUGUUUGAAUGGGAAAGUUCUUUGGCUGCUGAGAUUUAUGAUUCAUGUUUUACGAUAUAUAU